CCUCCUUCUAUAUCUCGAAAAAUUGGCAGUUGAAAUAUUCAAAUAUUAUUCUACUCCCAAUUAAACAAAAGCAAAAAAAAUUGUAGAAUUAGUUAAUUGCGAAUUUGUGAGAAGAUUUGAUUUGAUUUAAUUUGAUUGAUAAUAAAAUGGGAGUUCAAGAGAAAGAUCCUUUGGCUCAAUUGAGUUUACCACCAGGAUUUCGAUUUUAUCCUACUGAUGAAGAACUCUUGGUUCAAUAUCUGUGUAGAAAAGUUGCUGGUCAUCAAUUUUCUCUUCAAAUUAUAGCCGAAAUCGAUCUUUAUAAGUUCGAUCCUUGGGUUUUACCUAGUAAGGCGAUGUUUGGAGAAAAAGAAUGGUAUUUCUUUAGUCCAAGAGACCGGAAAUACCCGAACGGGUCACGACCCAAUAGAGUAGCGGGUUCCGGGUAUUGGAAGGCUACCGGAACCGAUAAAAUUAUAACAACACAAGGGAGAAAGGUCGGAAUUAAGAAGGCGCUCGUUUUUUAUGUUGGUAAAGCGCCUAAGGGUACCAAGACAAAUUGGAUCAUGCACGAGUAUCGUCUUACCGAGAAUACCCGUAAAACCGGCAGUUCAAAGCUGGACGACUGGGUGUUAUGUCGUAUCUACAAGAAAAAUUCGAGUGCGGCAAAGCCUACAAUGAGCAAGGAAACAAGCACAACAGGUGAAACAUCUUCAUCGUCAUCAUCACAUCUUGAUGACGUAAUGGAAUCAUUACCGGAAAUUGAUGACCGUUCAUUCGCUUUGCCACGUAUGAACUCUUUGAAGAAUAAUAACAAUGUUGCCCAACAACAACAUCAGCAACAACAGCAACAGCAACAACAACAGCAGCAAAAUGACAAGUUUAACCUUCAGCAACUCGGGUCGGGUAGUUUCGAUUGGGCUGUACUAGCCGGGUUAACCGCGGCACCUGAAUUCGCCUUUACCGGGUCAGCCCAACCUCAAGCGGGGCAAGUAAACAACAUUAGUAAUAAUGGAAAUGACUUGUUUAUCCCUUCGUUACCACCUUUGUCACAAGUGGAGACUGCGUUAGGUUGUUAAUUUUGGAUUUAUUUGCGGUAAUUAUUACACUAAAUGAUUAAUUACUGCUGUCAUUUCUGGAGAUUAGACAACCAUUUGUCAUAGACUUAUAGUAUAUGCGGUAAAUGCAAAAGUGAAUUAUGGGAGUAUUUUUUUGUUUCUCUUUUUUUAAUGGGUUUUUGAUAGUUAAGGGUUGCUAAUUUGGGUUAUGAUGGGUUGCUUGGUUGUACAGUAGAUUUUAAGGAUUUGACUAAGUCAAAGCUUUACAUUUUUCUCUAAAAAAUAAAAAUAAAAUUUUAAAAUAA